AGGCCCUAUGCAAAUGACUCAGCUCAGUUCACCCUCAGAGGGCUCCAUUCUAGUGGUGGGGACUUGAAAACUGAUCCUUAGUGCACAGUAGCAUGGGUUACAUGGGGGGAGUGACAGAGUGCGGUGGGACACGGUGAAGAGACUUUGGAAAAAACUAACCCCUGUUGGGGAAAUAUAAUUUAAGACAAAAUCCCCUGCCAAUCCAGAAAACCUCUUCACAAGGGUAGAAAAGCAAGAAAACAGUAUUAUUGAAUAAGCAUUAAACCAGAAUGUGAUACACUGGUGAUCCACUAAAGAGACUGCAAAGAGAGAAAAAUCUUACCCUUUUAUGUAGCCAAGUGAAUACAAUUUAUUGUAUCCAUUUUCUCAAGAUAAACAAUAACUGGUCCUCAAGCAAGAGGACUUGGCGGCACCCACUCUAAAUUUACCUGGUAAGUGGGAAGCCACCUGUGUCUGCUAAUUGCCUUUAUCCAAAGGAAAAAUCUAUUUCCCCUAUCUUUAUGACAAGGGGUAGGUUGCAACUAAGAGCUAGGCACCAACUGAAGUUAGGCUCCUACCCUCCCACAGGAACUGAGGGAGAGAGCACUAUCCUCCUUAAUUAUUACAUUUCAAAGAGUUGGCUCCCAGGUCCUUGAGAAAAACAUUCCGGGGUUGUAAAACUGGCAAGAGGUUUAUUUACCUUUUAAGCAGUAGAAAAAGUAUUCACAAUUACAAGUUUUCUAAAGUAAAUGCUUUCAGAAAAGUGAGAAGAAGGAGUCUUUUCCCUUUUUGCUCCAGGGAAAAUUAAAUUCUCUUUUUCUUCUAAUUUGUAUUCACCCUUACACCACUGUUUCACAAAUAACAUCACCGUUAAGAUUUACUAAAUGCUCACUAUAUACCAUGUGCUCUGCAUACAACUGCCUCAGUUAAUCCUCUCAACAACCUAAAGGAGAGAUAUUGUUAUUACUACCCCUACAGGGCCCACAAAGGUUAAGUGACUUGCCCACAAGAUCACACGUUGAGUAAAUGGCUGAGUUAGGAUUCCAGACCAGGGCUGUACGAUUCCAAACUCAACGACUUUAGUCUCCAGGCUACCAGGCUGCCAGAGGCACGGCUGAAAUCCAGUAUUAGUUCUUACAGGGUCCCAUCCUUGACUAAGGGACUGAGGGGUGGGGUGGAGAAGGGAUUGGGUUGGGGGUAUAAGGCUACCGCAGGCGCCAUGGAACUCCCACAAUAACCCCGGCCCGAGGGCCAGGAAUGUACUGAGAGAUUAAGGACGGGAUGCAUGCCCUCCAAAAAGUGGCAUUUUAGAAUUUAUACAGCACCCCAGCACACUGCUAAACGUGGGCACACAACCAUCACGGCCCGAUCACGCGUAGCGGGAACCCGGUCUCUGAGCUCCACCCCGUGUGUCGCGUCAUCAGAGUCCCGCCGGCCAAUCCAUUCUCUCGGUCUUCGUCUGCUCCGGUGUUGCAACUGCCUCCAUUGAUCGAGCCUGGGCGAGCAUGGCGGCGCCCAUGUAACCCGGCCCGCGCCGCAAAGGGAACGACGGCGGCAGCGCGGGCCCCGCGGGGGUUAGAGGUCAUCAUGCUCAGGGUCGCGUGGAGGGCGCUGAGUUUGAUUCGGACCCAGGCGUCAGUCCUCGGGCUACCGGGCGGUGGGAGCGCCAGGUUUCCUUUCAACCAGCGGGGCCUGCAGCCUCGAAGUCUCCUCCUCCAGGCCGCGCGCGGAUAUGUCAUCCAGAACCCAGGUAGGAGGUUCCUGAGGUGGGACUUGGGGCGGAACAGAGACCGCCUGGAAGGCUGGGCCCAGCCUGGGCAGAAUGAUGACCCACCUCCUUCUACACUGCUCAAAGACUACCAGAAUGUCCCUGGAAUUGAGAAGGUUGAUGAUGUCGUGAAAAGACUCUUGUCUUUGGAAAUGGCCAACAAGAAGGAGAUGCUAAAAAUGAAGCAAGAACAGUUGAUGAAGAAGAUUGAUGCAAACCCGGAGGACACCAGAUCCCUGGAGGCUCGAAUUGUUGCCUUGUCCGUCAAGAUCCGCAGUUAUGAAGAACACAUGCAGAAACAUCGAAAGGACAAAGCCCACAAACGCUAUCUGCUGAUGAGCAUUGACCAGAGGAAAAAGAUGCUCAAAAACCUCCGUAACACCAACUAUGAUGUCUUUGAGAAGAUCUGCAGGGAGCUGGGGAUUGAGUACACCUUCCCCCCUCUGUAUUACCGAAGAGCCCACCGCCGAUUCGUGACCAAGAAGGCUCUGUGCAUUCGGGUUUUCCAGGAGACUCAAAAGCUGAAGAAGGAAAAAAGAGCCUUAAAGGCUGCAGCAGCAGCCCAAAAACAAGCAAAGCAGAGGAGCCCAGACAGCCCUGCCAACACUGGACCAGAGACACUCAAAGACAGCCAAUAAAUUCUGUUUAAUCAUUU